AGCAAUUUGCGCAUGAGGUGAGUCUCAUUUCAUCUUUCUUUUUCAUUCCCUUUUACUAAACAUAACAGAAUGAUGAAAUGAAAUGAAUAUACAUACAUAGACAAAACUUGGUCUAAGCUAGCUGGGUCCCGCAGUUGAUUUGAUCCAAAUCCAAUCAAAUCCGACCGACGCCGUUUUGAUUGAAUUCUAUGUCGGAACCACCACCAUCAUCAUCAUCCUCUACCACUAGCACGGCGGUUAGUUUCAGAGAUAAUUUAUGGAAAGGAACUUUCGCUGUCUCCGGUAUCAUGCUCACUCUCGUCACCUAUGGCCUCUUACAGAUGUCUAUUCUUGCAGGAAAAGAUCAUGAGAAUACCAUAUGGAGCAGAAAAGGAGUAUUUCAAGCAUUCACUCUUUCUUGUUUUCUGCAACCGCAUCAUGACGUCAGCUGUUUCCGCUGGUUCUUUGCUGGCAAGUAAAAAAGCAUUGGACCCAGUGGCUCCCAUUUAUAAGUAUUCCCUUGUGUCGGUAACAAACAUUCUAACCACAACUUGUCAGUAUGAGGCCCUCAAAUAUGUUAGUUUUCCUGUUCAGACUCUUGCGAAAUGUGCGAAAAUGAUACCAGUUAUGGUCUGGGGUACACUUAUCAUGCAGAAGAGAUAUAAGGGACCUGACUAUUUGUUGGCUUUUUUAGUUACCCUUGGCUGCUCAGUAUUUAUCUUAUAUCCGGCAGGAACAGACAUAAGUCCAUACAGUAGAGGAAGGGAAAAUACAGUUUGGGGUGUUCUUCUAAUGGUUGGCUAUCUUGGGUUUGAUGGCUUUACAAGCACAUUCCAAGAUAAGAUGUUUAGAGGCUAUGACAUGGAGAUACAUAAUCAGAUAUUUUAUACAACACUGUGUUCUUGUCUUCUUAGCUUGACAGGUCUUAUUGUACAAGGACAAAUGAUAUCAGCAGUAGAAUUUGUAUAUCGGCAUCAUGAUUGUUUCUUUGACAUAGCAUUACUUUCAACUGUUGCAACAAUCAGUCAAUUUUUUAUUUCCUACACAAUUCGCACUUUUGGUGCUCUGACUUUUGCGACCAUAAUGACCACGAGACAGUUGGUGAGCAUUAUGUUGUCGUGUGUGUGGUUUUCUCAUCCUCUUAGCUGGGAACAGUGGAUUGGAGCCGUCAUUGUCUUCGGUUCCCUUUAUGCAAAAAGUUUCUGGAAGAAAGCACCUCAGAAGACAACCUCCUCUGUAGCACCUGUUCAAAAUGAGAAUUCGAAUGAUUUGAAGGACAACCCGUGACUGAUAUGGAGGUAAAGCAUACUGACCUUACACCUGACAACAUCUGAACUGAACGGGUUCAAUUUUGAGUUCAAGAGCUGCACAUUCAGUGUUGAGAUCAUGGAUAGACAUAGCUGGUUUGACUUAAAUUGAGACAGCGCCAAGUGCGGCUGGAUUCUUGGAUUUUGGCAUCCCUGUCGUGACAAUAGAGAACUUAAAAAGGAUGUUGUUAACCCCGCUUUUUUCCACAGGGGAAAUCAAUUAUAGACCUUACUAAAGCCAUAAGAUGUUUAAUGAUUGAGAUAUGUAUAAUGCGUUGCUCAAGCAAAAUUGUAUUUGUUCAGUUUUAGCAGAAAUGUGUAGGAGGGGAAGAUGGAAGAUUGGUGGUAAUUUUUGAGGUCAAUUAAUUACUUAAUAUCAUUUUUGGCCGUUUA